GGGGCCCGCGUGUGUUUCCGCAGCGGCUCCUGCAGCGGGAGGGCGCGCGCGUCUCCGCGGUCCUCCUCUCCGCGCACAGCCUGAGAUGUGGCCAUGCCAGCCAGACUUACCCAAACCCUGGUGGGUUUACACAGCACAUCAGCAAAGGCUCGUCAGUGCAAGAGACUUACUCAACUUACGUUAAGACCACUUAUGAGACUUGAAAGCACAGCAUGCCGCCACAUCCUGAAAAUACAGCAUCACGUAGAUUCAGGCUUCCCUAGUGUAGCAGCUGAUAGUCUGAGUAAGCCGAAGAUCCCAGAAAUGAGCCGCGUAACAGCACACACAAGCAGACUCUUUCCAUUAAAUGCUGUCCUUUCUUGGGAUGGAAGAGCACACCUGCCGGUCUUGUAUGCCUUUGGGACUAAUAGGAACAUGACCCACAAACCAAAUCUCUUGUGUUCUAAGUGGUUUAUAAAAACAGUAAGAAGGCAUUACUCGUCUGUACCAACUGAAGGGCUUGUUCCUAAACAAGACCUUCCACAGAUCAAGAGGCCCCUGAAAGCAUCCCGGACCCGGCAGCCCUCCAGGACCAACCUUCCCGAUCCGUCUGUGAAUGAGGACCUGAUGCAGUGCACAGCCUUCGCCACAGCAGAUGAGUAUCACCUGGGAAGUCUGUCUCAAGAGCUGGUCUCCUGUGGCUAUGUGGAAGUGACAAGCCUGCCCAGAGAUGCAGCAAAUAUUUUGGUGAUGGGUGUGGAAAAAUCUGCAAAAGAAGGUGAUCCCGGAACAAUAUUCUUGUUCAGGGAAGGAGUUGCUGUGUUCUGGAACGUAAGAGACAAAACUGUGAAGCAUGUGAUGCAAAUCCUGGAGAGACACGAAACCCAGCCCUACGAAGUGGCUCUGGUGCACUGGGAAAACGAAGAGCUCAACUACACAAAAACAGAGGGACAAUCUAAGCUGCACAGAGGGGAAAUCAAACUAAAUUCUGAGCUGGACUUAGAUGACACCAUUCUAGAAAAAUUUGCUUUCUCCAAUGCCCUUUGCCUCUCAGUGAAACUGGCUAUUUGGGAAGCAACACUAGACAAAUUUAUUGAGUCUAUCCAAUCAAUUCCAGAGGCGUUGAAAGCUGGGAAGAAAGUCAAACUGUCUCAUAAAGAAGUUAUGCAGAAAAUGGGUGAGCUCUUUGCCCUCAGGCACCGUAUAAACUUGAGUUCAGACUUCUUGAUCACCCCCGACUUUUACUGGGACAGAGCAAACCUGGAGGAGCUUUAUGAUAAGACCUGCCAGUUCCUGAGCAUCACUCGGAGAGUUAAGGUCAUGAAUGAAAAACUUCAACACUGCAUGGAACUAACAGACCUAAUGCGGAAUCACCUGAAUGAGAAGCGGGCACUCCGUCUGGAGUGGAUGAUCGUCAUCCUCAUCACCAUCGAGGUAAUGUUCGAGUUGGGAAGAGUCUUUUUCUAAUGUGACAAUAAAAGCACCACUGAAAAGAUACUUCAACCUUUGAAACCAAGAACUGUCCCUGGGGUGGGACACAUCUGUAAUCCCGGCACUCUGGACUGAAGCAGGAAGGUCAUGAGUUCCAGACUAGCCUUGCCUACACAGGGAAGCCUGGUUGGCUGCAGUGGUGGCCACCAAUCCCAGUACUUGGAAAGAUUGCCCAAGUUUGAGGCCAACUAUAACAUGGCAGGACUGUCUCAAAAUAAAUCAAACAGAAAUGUCAUAAUCUUUUCCUUUUUUUACUCUUAAAUAUAUUGUUGUCUGAAUAAAA